AUGGCAUCGAGGAACUUAUGGAGCAACUCAGUCAUUCGACGAGGGUAUGGUCGUCUUGCGCAACCCGUCACGACGGUCCCGAAGACUAGACAACCUUUCCCAAAGAUUUCGACCUCCUUGGCACUUUCGAAAAGCCGUCACGCCAUCCAGACUUAUGGUUACGCCACGACUCCAAUAUUCGCAUACCUCGGUCGUCCAGAUUUAUCAGACGAAGCAGCUUCUCAGUAUCUUACUGCGUUUGACUCUGCACCUGUCCCACCGACCUCCGACAUCGGGCGUGUUCGGACAUGCCUCUCAAUAUAUACCAGUAUAAUCAUCCACCACCUCUCUUCGAUUCCGUAUGAUUCACCAUUACGCGCGUCCCACCCAAAAAUGUUCGAUAUUGUCAAGUCUCUGUUGCCCUUGCGCGAUCGGUUCCUGGCCCACCGGGUACAAGAGGGCAAGGCCCUUGGGUGGGAGGUGACUGAAGAACAAGUUCAAGAGUGGUACGAGUUUUGUGUCCUCACUAUCCCGCUGUUGGGGAAACUCAUGAAAGAGUUGGAAUUGGGCGGUUUUGGAGGGCCAGAUGGAACGAUGGACGACGGUGAAGGGAAAGAUCCAGAAGUCUUUGCAGAAAGACAAAUGACUUCAUCAUAUAAAUGUCUUCUCAGGGAUCCACGCGCACUUUGCUGGACCAAUAUACUAAAUUUCCUCUUUUCGAUUUCGCCAGCCUCCCAAACAUUGCUUGACUUACCCUGGGCAGUUUCGAAGGGCCAGAUGGAACGUCGGAUAACGUCGAGGGGAAGGAAGGCAUAA